AUGAGGAGACCUGGACUUCACAGGCAGCAUGGAAGGAAUGCCGGAGGGUCUGGAUUCAAAGGAAUGAUCGCGAAGUUGUCAAUUGCUGCUGCUGUACUCUUGAUCUGUACGCUCUCGUUGUUCUUCUCUACAUCAAAACCUUCAAAUGUUCAAUCAAGUUUUCGCACGGAGAUCCGUUUAGGAGAACUUUGGACCAAUGCUGAUUCCGAUGGAUGGAGACCGUCGUCUACUCCACGUUCUCAUUGGCACCCUCCUCCGAGUAAGAGUAAUGGCUAUUUGCGUGUUCGGUGUAAUGGUGGGCUAAAUCAGCAGCGUACUGCAAUCUCUAAUGCUGUUCUUGCUGCGCGGAUCAUGAAUGCUACACUAGUGCUGCCGGAGUUGGAUGCAAACUCCUUUUGGCAUGAUGAAAGUGGUUUCCAUGGUAUCUACGAUGUUGAGCAUUUCAUCCAGACACUGAGGUUUGAUGUAAAGAUCGUAGAAAGCAUUCCAGAAAAUGAGAAAAACGGCAAAAAGAAGAAAAUAAAGGCAUUUCAGCUCCGCCCUCCUAGAGAUGCUCCUAUAAGUUGGUAUACUACCGACGCACUCAAGAAAAUGAAAGAACACGGGGCUAUCUAUCUUACUCCCUUUUCACACCGAUUAGCUGAAGAAAUCGACGAUCCUGAGUACCAAAGGUUGAGGUGCAGGGUUAACUAUCAUGCUUUAAGAUUCAAGCCACAUAUUAUGAAGUUAAGUGAAUCAAUAGUUGAUAAGCUGCGUUCACAAGGGCCCUUCAUGUCCAUACAUCUUCGGUUUGAGAUGGAUAUGUUGUCAUUUGCUGGAUGCUUUGAUAUAUUUACACCCGAGGAGCAGAAGAUUCUAAAGAAGUACCGAGAAGAAAAUUUUGCACCUAAAAAACUUGUCUAUAAUGAAAGAAGAGCCAUUGGAAAAUGCCCACUGACACCCGAGGAGGUUGGUCUUAUUUUGCAUGCAUUGGGUUUUGACAAUUCUACCAGGAUAUAUCUUGCAGCUGGUGAAUUGUUUGGCGGGGAUCGAUUUAUGAAUCCAUUUCGAAGUUUAUUCCCUAGACUUGAGAAUCAUACUUCUGUAGAUCACUCGGAAGAGCUUGCUGAGAACACUAGGGGAUUGGCAGGUUCUGCUGUGGAUUACAUGGUCUGCCUACUUUCCGACAUUUUCAUGCCAACCUAUGAUGGUCCAAGCAACUUUGCAAACAACCUCCUUGGCCAUCGCCUUUAUUAUGGCUUCCGGACUACAAUCAGACCCGACAGAAAGGCUCUUGCUCCCAUCUUCAUUGAUAGAGAGAAAGGAAGAAUGGCCGGUUUUGAUGAUGCUGUUAGAAAAGUCAUGCUUAAAACAAACUUUGGUGAACCUCACAAGCGUGUUUCUCCUGAAUCUUUCUAUACUAAUUCUUGGCCUGAAUGCUUCUGCCAAACAACACCGAAGAACCCAGCAGACAAAUGUCCACCAAAUGAUGUUUUAAGUGAUAUGCAUAAAGAACUGAAUAAACAAGCUACAGACACAAACUCUACAAAACUUUGA